UUGUUAGAGACAACAGUUGAACAACCUUUAGACAACCAGCUGCAGCGCAGGACGAGGACGCUUCUCACCAUCGUACCCACGAGCUGCUGCCCAGAUGAAGUCCACAGGAAACACAACUGAUGUCAGAUCAAUAUGACUCUGAGCCGUUGCCAACAUGAACAGGCCGAAACGUGAAGGACCAGAACCUCCCGUUGGACAUCCUAUGAACUUUAAAGGAGGACUCCAGUCGUCUGAUCGGAGGACUUUCCCUGAGAGGAAGGACUCCUCAGACGUCAGCGGCGUCUCCAUGAAGAGUGACCACUCCAUGGGACAUCCUCUGGACAUCAGAGAUGGGCCUAAACGUGAAGGACCAGAACCUCCUGGACCCAGCGGCGUCUCCAUGAAGAGUGACCACUCCAUGGGACAUCCUCUGGACAUCAGAGACGGGACUUUCCCUGAGAGGAAGGACUCCUCAGACGUCAGCGGCGUCUCCAUGAAGAGCGACCACUCCAUGGGAUAUCCUCUGGACAUCAGAGACGGAUUUGACCGGGACGAGCCGGAGAUGCUCAGCGGUCGGUCUGGACAUCAGAAUCCAACGGACCUGGACGUCAUCUUCAAGCUUCUCGAGGAGAACAUCUUCACGUUCGUGACUGCAGAGCUGAGGAGGAUCCACGCUGUCCUCCGUCCUCAUGGCAGAGCGUGCUCGGCCGGCCAGAGGGAGGAUGAGGAGGGGGAGGACGAAGAGCAGACUAGGAGCAGCAGAGAGGCCUUCCUGAAGAUCACGCUGCACGUCCUGGCGAGGAUGAAGCAGGAGCAGCUGGCGGACGUCCUGUACAGCAAAACUGUUGCCCCGACGUGCCGAACUUCCCUGAAGUCCAGCCUAAAGAAGAAGUACCAGCACUUGUUUGAGGGGAUUCCUAAAGCAGGAAACCCGACUCUUCUGAAGCAGAUCUACACCGAGAUCUUCAUCACGGAGGGCGGGAGCGGAGAGGUCAACGCCGAGCACGAAGUCAGACACAUCCAAGCAGCACCCAGGAAAGCCACCCGACCCGAAACAACCAUCCGACACGAGGACGUCUUCAAGCUGCCGCCUGGGAGAGAAGAGCCGGUCAGAACCGUGGUGACCAAGGGCGUGGCCGGCAUCGGGAAGACCGUCCUCACGCAGAAGUUCACGCUGGACUGGGCUGAAGGCAGAGCCAACCAGGACAUCCAGUUCUUGUUCCCGUUCACCUUCAGGGAGCUGAACGUGCUGAGGGAGAGAGAGUUCAGCCUGGUGGGACUCGUCCAUCACUUCUUCCCUGAAACCACACAGAUCUGCAGGUUCCAGGAGUUACGGUUCGCGUUCAUCUUCGACGGUCUGGACGAGAGUCGACUUCCUCUGGACUUCCACAGCCACGAGACCCUGACUGAUGUCUCGGAGCCCGCCUCAGUGGCCGCGCUGCUGACCAACCUGGUCAGGGGGAAGCUGCUUCCCUCCGCUCGCCUCUGGAUCACCACGCGGCCCGCGGCGGCCAAUCAGAUCCCUCCUGACUGCGUGGACAUGUUGACGGAGGUCCGAGGCUUCACCGACCUGCAGAAGGAGGAAUACUUCAGGAAGAGGUUCGGACACGAGAAGAAGGCCAGCCGGAUCAUCUCCCACAUCGAGACGUCCCGCAGCCUCCACAUCAUGUGCCACAUCCCCGUCUUCUGCUGGAUCACCGCGUCGGUCCUGGAGGAGGUUCUGAAGACCAGGAAGAUAGGAGAGCUCCCCAAGACCCUGACGGAGAUGUACAUCCACUUCCUGGUGGUGCAGGCCAAGCUGAAGAGGGUGAAGUACGACGGAGGAGCGGAGACGGACCCUCACUGGAGCCCGGCCAGCCGGAGGAUGAUGGAGUCUCUGGGGAAACUGGCCUUCGAGCAGCUGCAGAAGGGAAACCUCAUCUUCUACGAGUCCGACCUGGCGGAGUGUGGCAUUGACGUCACAGCGGCGUCCGUCUACUCGGGCGUCUUCACGCAGAUCUUCAGACAGGAGCACGGCCUGUACCAGGACCGGGUCUUCUGCUUCGUCCACCUGAGCGUCCAGGAGUUCCUGGCGGCUCUUUACAUCCACAUGACCUUCGUCAACUCUGGAGUCAACCUGCUGGACGAGCCGAGGAAAACCCCCGAGGCGUCGAGGCCGCGCCGCGCCGCGUCCCCUGAAACGCUCUUCUACCGGAGCGCCGUGAUGAGGGCGCUGCAGAGCCCCAACGGACACCUGGACCUGUUCCUCCGCUUCCUCCUGGGCCUCUCCCAGCCCAGCAACCAGGCACUGCUGCGAGGCCUGCUGGCCCGCACACGCGCCGGCCCGCGGGCCUCCCAGGAGACGGUGCGCUACAUCAAGUGGAGGAUCGAGAAGAAUCCGUCUGCAGAGAAGUGCAUCAGCCUGUUCCACUGCCUGAAUGAGCUGGACGACCGCUCGCUGGUGGAGGACAUCCAGCAGGCGCUGGCUUCAGGAGGCCUCGGCCCGGGGGAGCUGUCUCCGGCCAAGUGGUCGGCGCUGGUCUUCCUCCUGCUGUCAUCAGAGAAGUAUCUGGACGUCUUCGACCUGAGGAAGUACUCGGCUUCGGAGGAGGCUCUGCUGAAGCUGCUGCCGGUGGUCAAGGCCUCCAACAAAGCUCUGUUGAGUGGGUGUAACCUCUCCGAGGUCAGCUGUGCAGCUCUGUCCUCGGUUCUGAGCUCGCGGUCCUGCAGUCUGACAGAACUGGACCUGAGUAACAACGACCUGCGGGAUUCGGGGGUCCAGCGGCUUUGUGAUGGACUACAGAGGCCACAGUGUAAACUGGAGUCCCUCAGGCUGUCGGGGUGUCUGAUCACGGAGGAGGGCGUUUCCUCUCUGGCCUCGGCUCUGACCUGCAACCCCUCCCACCUGAGAGAGCUGGACCUGAGCUACAACCACCCCGGGGGCCCAGGCUUGGAGCUCCUCUCUGCCGGGCGUAAGGACCCCCUCUGGGGGCUGGAGACUCUCAGAGUGGACCACGCUGCAGCCUGGACCCUGACCACGGGCCUGAGGAAGUAUGCUCGUGAAAUCACUCUGGAUCCAAACUCGGCGCACGGCAACCUGGAAGUGUCGGACGACUGCCGGCGGGUGACGGUGGUGAAGGAGCAGCAGGAGCAGCAGCCGCAGCGCCUCCACCCGAAGAGGUUCCAGCACUACCAGCAGCUGCUGUGCAGGGCCGGCCUGAGCAGCCGCUGCUACUGGGAGGUCCGUUGGGAGGGGAUGGUGAGCAUUGCUGCCACCUACAGGGGGAUCGGGCGGGGCGGGGAGGGCCUGGACUGCCUGCUCGGGGGGAACCGCCGGUCCUGGGGCCUGUACUGCGUCGGGGACGACUGCUUCGUGUUCCACAACAACGAGAAAAGAGACGUGCCGGCACUGUCCUCCGGCUCCAGCAGAGUCGGGGUGUAUCUGGACUGGAGCGCGGGGACGCUGUCCUUCUACGUGGUCUCCUCGGACAGCCUGGUCCACCUCCACACCUUCAGCACCACCUUCACGGAGCCCCUCUACCCUGCUUUCAGGGUGGGCUUCCAGCCCAGCCAGGCCGGCUCCUCCGUGUCUCUCUGUGCGGUGGCCGAGGUGGCGUCCGUCCAGGAGACACAAGGCCCUCCGGAGCAGGAAACAGCUGAUGAAGGAUGGUUCUGAAGACUCUGGACACAAACACCGAUCUAACAGGGUCUUCAGCUUCUGCAGCUCCAGACAUGAAUAGUGACUCUUGGAAGAGGUUAAAGCUGCAGUCGGGAACAAAAAUCAGAGAAUUUGAACCCGUCCAAACUUGUAUUUCCAGUGAGGUUGUCUGAGUUUCCUCCCGGACUGAAAACUAACUUACGGACUCAUCUUUCCUCCACGUUCUGGUCCUAUCUGGAACAGAGGAAAAAGUGUUUUAUGGGGACUGGAUGGAGACAGGUAUUUGGUCGAUUCAGCAUUUAAGGGAUUCAAGUGAGGACUUUGUUAAAGUUUUUUAUUUUUUAUUAUGAAAAACAGGUUUUCUCUUGCUUUAACAUAUAUAAAGUGGUCUCCCCUCAGCCUGCCAACUCAGAGAAGGAGGAAAGCAACCAAAUUCUGCAGUGUCUGUAAAGCCGCCCGGAUGAUCCGUCCAGUGUGAUGUGGAUCUACGAGCCAAUAAGAUUCUGCUUCCGCUUUAUAAGGCAUUUAAAAUCCUUACAUUUUCUCAGAAACCGGCAGUGUGCCCUAUAAUCUGGGGCACUUUAUGUAGGAAUUUUGUUGAGCUCAAACCAGUUUUAUGUAGUACCUGUGGUAAGUUCUAGUCCUACCUGGAACAGAGAAAAAAGUAUUUUUUAUUGGGACUGGACCGAGACAGGUAUUUGGUCCAAUCAGCAUUUUAAAGGGAUUCAAGAUAUUACUAUGUUGAUUUUGGAAGUAAAUUUAAUAUGAAGUGCACUAAACAGUAACACUCACUAAGCCUGGCGAACAUGACAAAAGUGACCCUGCAAAGGAUAAAGCGGGUAUAGAUAAUGGAUGGAUGGAUGGAUGUUGUAAAUAAUUGUGUUUUAAGGUGCCUGUGACACGUUCGGUGUGAAUGCACAGGAAAAGUACGCUGAAAGAUGUCAAAACUUAACUCACCUUGUAUACCAGUCUGAAUGUAUUGAUUCAUGUAAUGUCAGAUUUUGAUUGAUAAAGUUGGACAUGUUGGACAUGCACACUGUGAUUUCAGCCGUUUUCUACAGGUGAGAACAGGUAGGCCUGGACCUGUUUGUUUGUGGAUCCAGGUAACCGCUUGGAUUGCAAUGCAUUGUGCCUAACGAUGGUGAACUAUGGGAUGCAUGAAGCGAUGGCUGUAUUAGUGCGCUGAUGGCGGCGCGAUUCUUUCGUGCGUUAUGUGAUUGGAUGACUAAAGUUUGUGGCAGAAAUGUGUGGCAUCUGGUGUUCAAAGACAUGAGCUUGUCGAAUUGCUUGGAUUGAAUCUGUUUUGUCAAAGAAUUUAAAUGUGAUGUGGAUUAAUCUAAAUGGAUUUUGGAUGAAUUUCAAACCAAAUAUCUGGAUGAACCUACACUUUUGAUGGUUUGUGAUUGUUGCUUCACACAAAAUAAAAUCUAAAAGUGAGUCAGUUUAAUGCUGUUGCUGUAUGUCCGAACAUAGAACCUGGAAAA